AUGGAUAUCUUGGAGAAGCUCGGUAUUCUCGCCGCAAAACCUGGUCUCAACGGGACGAUUUCUACCCUAACAAAUCAGCAAACCAAUCUUGGGGAUAUGCAAACCCAGACUCAACAGCAACAUCAUUCUGGUGAAGCUGGCCCUGCCCACGGACGGAACUCGGUUUACAAUCAAGAACAUCAGAACCGUUUCUAUCAGCAGGUCUCUCAGCCUAACGGCGUGAAUGGAAACAUGAGGGAUUCCAACGUUCAAGCUAUAACCCAUGCAGUUGGUGGCUUGAACUUACAUAACCAGCGUUAUGCUGGCAAGUUUGCCUCUUUCAAGGGAAAUAUCCAUGCUUCCCACGGUGCAAAUGGCGAUAUGUCUGGCAUGCAACGUCAAUACAAUGGGCAAUACUUGAUAGUGCCUAAUGGAAUGCCAUAUUUACCUGCGGGAUUAUACCCGAACUUCGUGACUGCUCCACCAGUCGUUCCUGGCUCUGUGGCAGGGUAUACCUGGCCUUAUGCUCUGAACGGCGAGGCUCCCGAACUCACUGGCCAUCGUCGGGAUUCUUGGUCCUCUAUCGAGGAAAAUCACCCGUGUACUCCAGGGGUUGAUCAAGCUGGACAGCAAGAGUGUUACCCUGCAGUUGCACCCAUGGAUCGUCCUCCAAUGCUCUACAAUUAUGGCACUCCAUCUCCAUCAAUGGUACCUGCUCAACCAUAUCUCCCGCUCCAAAUGAUGAAGGGUGCCAGCGGCUAUGUUCUGCAGGACCUCGAUGCGUUGACGCAACAGGAUCCUUCCAUUCCUCGUGCAGUGCCUGCCAUGUGGACCAACCCCUCGGAUCUUACUCUAGCCAAGUGUUUGGAGAACAGAGAGGGUAUCACCAAUGUUUAUAUUCGGGGGUUUUUACCUGAAACUACUGAUGAGAUGUUACAUGCUUACGCAUCUCGGUUUGGAAAAAUUGACCGUUGCAAGGCAAUUGUUGACCUUGAAACCGGCCUUUGCAAAGGCUUUGAUGCCUGCGAGAACUGUAUUCGAGGUUUUUUUCACCUAGGCUAUCAGGCUAGCUUUGCUCAGAAAUCUCGUAAUUCUCGACUUAAGGAUCUUGAAGAUAAGAGUUCUACUAACAUAUAUUGCACCAACGUUCCCAUCGAUUGGGUUGAAGCGGAUCUGCGUCGCCAUUUUCAACCGUAUCAAGUUGUCUCCGAGAAAAUCAGCCGCGAUGAGAAAACCGGCGUCAGUAAGGAGGUUGGAUUUGCGAGGUUCGAGUCUCGCGAAAUUGCGGAAAAAGUAUUAUCUGAGUUCCACAACGUCACAGCUAAAGAUGGGGUUAAGCUUCUCCUCCGCUUUGCAGACACGAAAGCGCAGAAACAGCUGAAAUUGCAGAGUAACGAACCUCGUAGCGUAUCGUGCUGGUGA